CAAAUGAUUUCAGCUAAACGUACAGAGGCGGCUAUUAGAGAGGAGACAAGACCAGAGCUGGAUCUGCUUGCCUGAUUUCAUGUCCUGGGGCCAGAACAGAGGGUGAUCUUCUCACGAAUGACUAGGUUCUGCAGCUUGCUUUCUAGCAGGGAGGAAAAAAGGGGCAGAGGAGAAUGGGACUGGGGAUCUUUUAUUGAGGUGACACUGAAACAUAUUGGCUAGUUGUAUUCAAGAGUUUCCAGGAAUUAUUGCCCUGCCUUAAACUAGACAUCUGUGCACAUAAAAAGUCAGGACUUAAAGACAUCUGAAUGCAAUGCCGGAUUGAUAGGAACAUCCAGUUAAUAGUAAGUAGGUAAGUUGUUAGCAUAGCUUUCUGAAGCCGGAGGAAAGAAGAGAGCUAUUAUCACUAAAUGAUAAAAAUCUAUUUCAUUUAGUUGACCCAAAAAAAAAUUAAAGUAGUAUUACCUGAGUUUAAUAAAUUGAUUUCUCAAAGAGAACAAGUAAAUGAGUCAGGAGUAUAUACAUAGGUUCUACAAGCUACUGAGCUAGUAGUAUAUACUUAGGUUCUACAAGUUACUGAGCCAGGAGUAUAUACAUAGGUUCUACAAGUUACUGAGCUAGUAGUAUAUACUUAGGUUCUACAAGCUACUGAGCUAGUAGUAUAUACUUAGGUUCUACAAGUUACUGAGCCAGGAGUAUAUACAUAGGUUCUACAAGUUACUGAGCCAGGAGUAUAUACAUAGGUUCUACAAGCUACUGAGCCAGGAGUAUAUACUUAGGUUCUACAAGUUACUGAGCCAGGAGUAUAUACAUAGGUUCUGCAAUCAGAGUGCUUGGCAGAUGUCUCUACUAUAUAGAAGGUGAGCUUGGAAGGUUAGGGCUAGGCUCCUUUAUAUCAGUAAAUAUGUCUCCUGUAUGGACUCUGCUCCCCAUAUUUCUCCUCUUUCUCUCAACCUCUGCUCUCCCUCGUAUCUCACGCCGCCAGACCUCUAACUGCCCCAGGCUCUGUGAGCUCUCUCGUUGCCCCCGUCCCCAGUCCCCCUGCCAGGCAGGAGAGGUAAGAGACUCCUGUGGGUGCUGUCCUGUGUGUGGGGCAGGUGAGGGAGAGUCCUGUGGACAGCGUGGGGGUUCCCCGUGUGGAGAGGGCCUGGAGUGUGUCCUGCCAGGUGUUGGAAGCACAACAGCAAGGAGAAGAGUAGGAGUGUGUGUCUGCCGUACCAGCGAGCCAGUGUGUGGCAGUGAUGGGAAGACCUACAGGAACCUGUGCCACCUGAAAGCAGAGAACAGACGGGCAAGGCUGCAAAAUUCCCCACCUGCCAUUCAUAUCCAGAAGGGGCCCUGUGACACGGGUUCAAGUUACCCUGACAGCCUGAGAUACAAGUUUAAUUUCAUAGCUGAUGUGGUGCAGAAGAUUGCCCCGGCUGUUGUGCAUCUGGAACUGUUUAGAAGGUCACCAUUCACUGGUCAGGAGAUGGCUGUGUCCAGCGGCUCCGGGUUUAUCGUGUCUGAAGAUGGACUCAUAGUGACAAAUGCGCAUGUCCUCACAAACAAGCAGAGGAUAAAAGUAGAAGUGAAAGACGGUGCUCAUUAUGAUGCUAAAGUGAAGGACAUUGAUCAAAAGUCGGAUAUAGCUCUGAUCAAGAUUGACCCAGAUGCUCCGCUCCCGGUUCUCAUGCUGGGAAGAUCAUCUGACCUCAGACCUGGAGAAUUUGUGGUUGCUCUUGGUAGCCCAUUCUCUCUACAGAAUACUGUGACAACUGGGAUCAUCAGCACCACCCAACGAGGCGGCAAGGAACUGGGGCUGAAAGAUUCUGACAUGGAUUACAUCCAGACAGAUGCCAUUAUUAAUUAUGGAAAUUCUGGAGGACCACUGGUAAAUCUAGAUGGUGAGGUCAUAGGUAUAAACACACUGAAAGUGACAGCAGGGAUAUCAUUUGCUAUUCCAUCUGAUCGAAUCCGGCAGUUCCUGGCUGAAUCACAUGACCGUCAACUUAAAGGAAAGUCCCUACCAAAGAAGAAAUACAUGGGGGUGAGAAUGCUGCAGCUGUCAUCAAGUCUUAUCCGUGAGCUUAAAAUGCGGGAUAAAGAUUUCCCUGAUGUUAACUCUGGAGUGUAUGUGUUCGAGGUCAUCCCCGGAACUGCGGCUGCAAGUGCUGGUAUGAAGGAUCAUGACGUCAUUAUCAGCAUUAAUGGAAAAAUGGUGACCACCACCGAGGAGGUGAGCGAAGCAGUGAAGAUCAGCGAAGCGCUAUCCAUUGUGGUGCGGCGAGGCAAUGAAGAUAUCAUCCUCAAUGUUGUGCCUGAGGAGAUGGGCUAGAACCAACCGCUGUAUUUUCUCAAGAUCAGCUCUUCCAGUCCUUCAUUAGGAUCUCUGUUCUCUCUGUGUCUUGUACACAGACGUUUACAUAUGGAACUCACCAGCUGGCUCAGAUUCUGAACUCCCAUUGGAUGGAAACUAAUCCCUUCACAGAAUACUCUAUUACCUUACAGCUUUUGUGGGAGGAUGAGUUUCCCAUUAACACAAAUAUACAUGAGAACAAAUAUACAGAGAACAGAUCUCAAAUGGAUAUUCAAAUGAUGACUUUGUCAAACUCAAUAUACAGUGACGAUGGGAAUUCCAACAACUCAACCCAUCAGGGGACCACAUAUGAAGUAUAUUACACAGUCUCAAAAAGAAAGCAAAAUGGUGACCAUAGCAAAUAUAUUAUAUAUAAAAGAACUUGUAGGAAUUUGUAAAGCUGGGAGAAACACUAUUAUUAUGACAGUAAUACAGUCACCUACUUCAAAAUGUUUAAUAGCAAUGUAUUGUAUAAGUAUAUUGACUGUGUAUAAUUGCUGUGACACAUUACCUGUUAGUAUACAGACAUAUAAUAGGGGUAGAUGUACUAAGCCAUGGAGAGAGAUAAAGUGGACAGAGAUAAAGUACCAGCCAAUCAGCUCCUAACUGCCAUGCUACAGGCUGUUUGAAAAAUGUCAGGAGUGAUUGGUUGUUAGUUUAUCUCUCUCCAUUUUGUAACUCUCCAAGGCUUUAGUACAUCUGCACCACAAUCUUAUAUUAUUCUUGACAAUUUUUAGCAGAAUAGGAUUCUGGGAAUUGGCUGGAUACUAAGGAAAACACAAACCAGACGCACAGUAAGUUAUACAAACACUCAAACAGGUGUGCCUCAGUGUAGUAAGCUGACACGCCUUUAACAAUUAGCCAUUGAUAAAAAUUAUGCAGAAACAGAAACACCAUCAGGCAAUAUAGCCUGCCCAUGCGUAAGGUAUAGAACAGCAAUCUCAGGGCUGGGAGAAGAUGAGAUUUAUAUCUGUCCCAUCAUUUCAAAUCACAAAAAGAAGUAAUAAUAAAGCCUAUUAUAUGGAACUUCAGACACAAAAUAGCACUUAAAACACAGUGGAUGUUAUUAAAUAGUUUGGUAGUGUGUAUAUAAUAAUUACAAUCCGCACAUAAAACCCCAACAUUGGAAAAUUGUGGAGGAAAAGAGUAUGGAGACAUUUGGUAGGAGAUGGACAGUUGGUCGAUAGAGAGAUAACCUCUACUUAUCUGGACUAGUAACAUAAAAUCGAUUCCACCAUAUACUACGGCCCAGAUUUAUCAAGCCUUGGAGAGUGAUAAAUUGCCCGGUGAUAAAGUACCAACCAAUCAGCUCCUAUCUGCCAUGUUACAGUCUGUGUUUGAAAAAUUACAAUUAGAAGCUGAUUGGUUGGUACUUUAUCACGUUCAAUUUAUCACUCUCCAAGGCUUGAUAAAUCUGGGCCUAUUAUAUAUCUUACAAAACAAAUCGCAUUGUGCCCUGUAUCACACGGACCUGUAUAGAAGAAUAGUUUUCAGUAUACCUGCUGAAUGCAGCAUUCACAAACCCAGAACCCAGAAAUAGCACAUAUCAGGGUCUAUUCAUGAAGCAGUGAAACGUGUGGUGAAGUGUGUCAAUGGAGAAGUUGCCCAUGGCAACCAAUCAGCAUUGAAGUAACAUUUAUAAUUUGCAUACUUUAAAUUAUACAGAGCAGCUGAUUGGUUGCCAUGGGCAACUUCUCCACUGGCUUACUUCUCCACACUUAUCACUGCUUCAUAAAUAGACCCCAUAGUGAACUUUGCAUGUAAGGUAUUGUUUUAUCUAUAGCAGGGGUGGGCAAUUAUUUCAGCUGAGGGGCCACUUGACAUUUCCUGUCAGUAUCCGAGGGCCACAUACAAAAUAGCAGCUCCCCCCACUUGCCAAAAAUAUAGGGACAUGGCUUCAUGUGGAAGGGGUGUGGGCCAAAAAAUAAUACAGAUUCAUAUUAUGCUGCACAAUAGUCUCCAUUAUUCAAAUUGCGCCACACAGCGCCACCUACACACAUUAUACCAGGUAGAGCCCCUUUUACACACAUUACGGCAGGUAGAGCCCCCUUUUACACACUAACAUUUUAUUUCGGAUAAUUAUUGUGCAGCAAGCAAAUUAUCCAGUGUCUUAUGGCCCCUGGGGAAAGGUGUGACACGGUGACAGAACACGGGGGGUGUGACACAGUGACAGAAUACGGUGGGGGUGACACGGUGACAGAACACGGGGGGUGUGACACUGUGACAGAACA